CAGUACCGGUCUGCGCUCCUGCGCGUGAGUUGUUUUAUUGCAAUACUCUACAACAACUAGUUUUAAAGACGCGCAGUGGAAAAAGCGGACGAACAAAAAGUGUACAGACUACUUUUAGUAAAGAUGUUCAUAAACAGUGCGAAGGGACUUAUUAGUUAAGUGAUUAAAAGUAAGUAACUUUUUGUUACUAAAAUGUAAGUGAGCUCAAACAAAAAAAUUUAAAAGUGGACUUAAAAUUUGUCAAGAAACUUUUUAUGUUUAGCAGUGAGACUAUAAACUAUUAAAACGUUUAGAAAAGUUAUAAUUAUAGUUAUGUGAACUAUUUGAUUGAAGAAUUAACUAUGUAUUUUGUUAUUUUAAUUGUGCUAGUGUCCGUUUCUGCGAGAGAUAUUUCACAAAAUUUUAAUUAUGAGCCUCGUCAAGAAAGAUUUGAACGGCCAUUAUUCAAUCCACCUGCACAAGCUAAUCCUAUGAUUAUGAACAGACAUGAAAGUGACAACUAUAAUAGACAAAAUGGUCACGUGAAUUUAAACCAACAUGAACAACUUCAAAGUGACAGCAAUGUCAGGAGAUGGGACGCAAAUCCAAAUGAAGAUCAUAUUCAUGAGAAUCUAAAUAACCAAAGGCAAUUUCAUGAAGCAAAUAAUAGAGAAAUAUUUUCUAAUGAGAGACAUAGAAACGAAAAUCCAAAUCAUGGUAUACCUUAUGGGCAAUUUGUACCAAAUACCAGAGAAUUUAGUUCUAAUGAUAGAAAUGACAGAAUAUUCCAGGAGAGGAACCCAGGUCAGUCUCAUGUAAAUUUAAAUGACCGUGAACCAUUUAAUAACAGAGGUUUAAGUGAUAAUUACAAUAGUCAAGGACGCUCUCAUGAUAACACAGGAAGCGUGGAUAUAAACAUGACUUUUGAUAGACGGAGUAAUCAAAAUAGACGUGAACAAAGCAAUUUGAACAUACCACGUCAAAGUUUUAACAUCAACAAUGAGUACAGAGAUGUCACUAAUAAUAGAAGUAGCAGUAGGAAUAGUAAUAGAGAAGAAAAAUACAAUCAAAAUGUUUUGAAUGCCCGUAGUCAACAAGAUGAAAUGACAAUGGAUGAUUAUAAUAAAGAAACACAGAAUAACCACAGUAGUUCUGGCAACCAAAGCAAUAACGGGAUAGUUCCGUUUAUAAAUAAUCUAAGCAACAAUACAAAUCAAAACAGAAAUAAUCAGAAUAAAAACAAAAAUCACAGAAAUUCUGGAUUUAGACAAACAGAUCAAAGACCGAAAACUGUAAUAGAAAACGAAGUUACAGAGAUCCCUUUGGGUAGCGAGGACAAAGAAAACAUGACUAUGGAUAAAGAUGAGUGGGUGUGGGGUAUAGAGGAAACUACUACGAUGUCCCCUGUGACUUUGGACGACAGAGCAGCGUUCAGUGGGGACCACUGUCCGACUGGCUAUGCGAGAUAUAAGGGAAUGUGUGUACCUGAAGAUUAGAUAGAAAACUAUGUUUGUUUUGCCCAUCUGCCUUAUGAUGGAUGCCGUUAUGCGCGUGUUAAAAUAACUGUCACUGUUAUUAUCAAGUUGUCACAGCGACAAGUGUGACCAUUUGGGUGGUUUUUCUAACUUUUCUGUACCCAAUUUCUGAACAUUAGUUACACAAAAAUAAAACUACAAUAUUAUUCGAUUGUUUGUUAUUUCUUGCACCAACUUUCAGUGUAUCUGUUUGGCCCUAUGGUUGGCUGGUGGAAAAUUCCUUUUGGCAAGUCUGUUAUUUGAAAACACUGUAUAUCUUGGUGCAAUAAAGUUUGGUCUUUGGUCAAG